UCCUUUCCUCCUUCUUACCUUCUUACCUUCUUUCCUUAUCCCUUUCUUUCUUUUUCUUUCUUUCUUCCCGCACUAAGUUUCGCGACAGUUCAACAAAGUCAUUCGUACCGCACGCGCGCGUCCCGUCCUCGGUGUCCCGCGAAGAAGAUAGAUAUACGUAUAUCAUGUCGGGGCUGCUUUACACGCUCCUCGGACUCGCCGCGAGUACGAGCCUCCACUGUGCCGUGAGGCGCGAAAUCAGUCCGUGCACCUGCCGACAAGAGGAGUUCUCCAGUCCCGUUAUCAAUCCGGCUCAGGCCACGGCCAAUGCCGGCAACAAUGCUCCUCCGGCGCAUCCUCCUCCCCAUCACGGAGGACACGGGGAACGCAUCGAGGUCGUCUGCGAACGUAUGGACUCUUUCGGGCAACUAGCCGAUGCCCUUAGAGGGAAGUUUACCGCUGAACAACAAAUCAUCCUAAGAGUUUCUCAUUCCAAUCUCAGGGAUAUAUCACGGCACGAUUUCAAGGAGCUCAGGAUGUCCAUAACCAGGCUGGAACUCAAUCACGAUCAUCUCGAGGUCGUCGAUGGCGACGUUUUCGCCGGUUUGGGACGGACACAAUAUUUGAGUCUUGCUGAUAACGAUGUCCCAGCGAUACCGAGACACAUUUUAUCGCAUCUUUCGUUACUGAGGACUCUGGAUCUUAGCAGAAAUCGUAUUAGUCGUAUCGAUCUCGAUGACUUUAAGUAUAAUCCGACGUUGCAGCAUUUGUCGAUGGCAGGAAACGUGAUCUCCGAGAUGGUGCCAGGUUCGUUGCCACCGUUGGUGAAGCAUCUUCACGUAGGCCGAAACCGGCUUCACACCUUGAAUCGUACUUUACGGGAUCUGAAUCAGCUCGAAUGGUUGCUCGUAAAUUCGAACGAGCUCACAUCGUUGGACGGCGAAUUACCGUCCUCGGGGCACAAUUUAAAAAUGCUCUACGCCGUGGACAACAAGCUGACUCAUCUACCGAUGGAGUUUCGAUACCUUCAUCGUUUGGAAUCUCUUUUCCUUCAACACAAUAAGAUUCGUAGCUUGAACGGAGCUUUGCAAAAGGCACGGCGUCUCAAGUUCCUCGAGCUUUCGUACAACGAUUUGCAGGAGCUGAACGAAGAUGACUUCGUAGAAGUUGAGAUGCUGGAAGAUCUCGAACUUGGACACAACUCUUUGAAAUCUCUUGGUGGUACUAAUGAAGAUGGAAGCGGGGCCAAUAGUGCCCUUUACCCUCUCAGGUCUCUCAAAUGCCUGAACUUGACGCACAACGAGCUACGAGAGUUCUCAUUCGCUUCUUUGCGUGGUUUACGUGAGCUACGAAUGCUCGAUCUCUCCGAUAAUAGAAUAGCUCGGUUACGUAGAGGAAGAACACCAUCGGAGAAUUUAGUCGAAGAGGAAGGUGACGAGAUGGUAGGUGGUAAUAUUCAGGACAUACGACUACAAUAUAACGAGCUUAAAAGUUUAGAAGGUUCUCUAUUCGUCGGUAUGAAGGAACUACAAAAACUCAAUCUCAGUCACAAUGCGUUAGGUCCAAUGAUCGCUCUUCGUGAUCUUCGUGGACUCGAUCGUCUUCGUGUUCUCGAUCUAUCUUACAAUGAGUUUAUCACCCUCGAAGACACUUCUGAGACGUGGCUGCCUGCAUUGGAAGAAUUAAAUGCUUCGCAUAAUCGUUUGAUUACGCUCUCUGGCCGAGAUUUCCGCGGUUUUCCUGUACUCUGUUGGGCAGACGUCAGCGCGAAUCGGAUACGAACGCUGAUGCCGGAAUUAGUUGCGAAUACUCGUUGCACCAUUCACGGUGUCCCAGAUGUUCUUCGUAUAUACCUUCAAGACAAUCCGGUACUGUGCGACGCGGGUCUCGCCGAUCUAACGGUUGCCCUCGAGGUGAAUCAUGCAAAGGUUUACGGAGUGGGGAAUAAUUGUCCAACAACACCUUCAACGCCGAUCGAAUCAACGUCAUCUUUACCACCUUUACCACCAACACUUUUGUUGGCUGCUGCUGCGGCAGCCUCGGGGGGUAACGUUUCUUUUGCCGCGACCCUCGAAUAAUAUUUCUCGAUGAGAGGGCUAAACUUGGUCGACCCGGAGUAAGUCAAUAAAAAGAAGCGAGUUCGUCGCCUCGAAGGAGUUACUCGGUGUGCUUCUUCCGUACCUGGAAGACACGAAGGAAAGUGUCUCAAGUUCGUUCGGAACGAUAGAACGAACAGAAUAAUUUCGCGUAUCGUCGAAAUGAUUCAAGAUCCAUUCUGGUUAGUCAACUCGAUAUACACCUAAAGACGAACGGAGAUUUCGUCUUGGCUACCGAUAUUAUCUACUUGUUAGCUCGAGGAAAAAAUCGACGAAAUUAAGUGUCCUUUCGACAUAUAUGUAUAUAUGUACGUGACUAAGAUCGAUGAGAUUUCCUUUUUGGGUGCAAACUUAUUUUCGAAGGUAUGCAUAUCGUAAUACGAUGAUAAUAUCUGUAAUAUAACGUCGUCCAGUUGACGAGAGAAAAUUGCUUCUUGUAUACUGUUCUAAUGUAUAUAACCUUGAAGCUUUUUGUUAAUCGAUAGAUGAACGCUUUUGAAAGACGCUGUUAUAUGUCACCGAUUAUAGUAGGAACAGUCGCGAAUCACGUACGAGUCCGUUAAUACAGAAUUUUAUCGUUUUAAUGGACAUAUUUAUUCUUUUUUCGUGUGUGG